ACCGAAACUGCUCAGACGAGCAAAGGUGGGAAUAAAGCAUCUAUCAAGAGCGAGGUUUUUAUUUAGCAGAAACCUUUAUCUGCUCAAAGCACGGAUUAUCACUUCACUCCGAAGCCAACAUUGAAGUGUGCGAUGUGGAAAAUUUACAGCUCUCUACUGUAACCUGAUAUCAACUGAUUUUGAGAGUAGAUUUUUUAAUUAAUCGUUGGGUCACAUAACACGGGAAUACAGGAUGAUCUUCGCAAAUACGGCCAACCCAAUGAGAACUCCGUCAUAUCGAAAGCAGCCUCCUGUUGCUCCGCCCACCCUCCCGAUGGCCCCGCCCAGCCCGAGCACCAAUAGCAGCACCAACAACAGCAGUAGCAGCAGCAGCAGCACAACCGGCUGGGAGCAACUCAGCAAAACAAACCUCUACAUCCGCGGGUUACCACCAGGAACCACUGAUCACGACCUGGUCAAGCUCUGCCAGCCAUAUGGUAAAAUCGUGUCCACCAAAGCCAUUCUUGACAAGACUACAAACAAAUGCAAAGGAUAUGGGUUUGUGGAUUUUGACAGUCCUGUGUCCGCACAAAAAGCCGUCGCAGCACUAAAGACCAAUGGAGUUCAGGCUCAAAUGGCCAAGCAACAGGAGCAGGACCCGACUAACCUGUACCUGUCCAACCUGCCCGUGUCCAUGGAUGAGCAGGAGCUGGAGAACCUACUCAAACCUUUUGGACCGGUCGUCUCCACCCGAAUCCUCCGUGACACUAACGGAGUGAGUCGGGGAGUGGGUUUUGCCAGGAUGGAAUCAACAGAGAAGUGCGACGCCGUGAUCUCUCACUUCAAUGGGAAAUUCAUUAAAUCCUCCUCUGGGAUGCUAGGUGCAUCAGAACCUUUGCUGUGUAAGUUUGCUGACGGCGGGCAGAAGAAGAGACAGAGUCAGGCGAAAUACAUCACCAAUGGACGAACCUGGACACGAGACGCCGAGGUGAGACUAAGUGGAAUGACCUUGACCUAUGACCCUAACACCGCCCUUCAGAAUGGGUACUAUGCUGCUCCUUAUGCCAUGGGGAACCGGUUAAUGGCUCAGCCAGGAGUGUCCCCAUACAUCUCUUCCAUCUCUGCAUACCAAGUACAGAAUCCUUCAUGGAUGCCACAUCAGCCUUACAUCAUGCAACACCCGGGAGCCGUUCUGUCGCCCUCUAUGGAGCAUCCCAUGUCACUGCAGCCCUCCGCUAUGUUGGCUCCCCUCAGCCAGCAGAUGGGCCAUCUCUCUCUGGGCGGCACUGCGACCCCACAUCGGUCUGCUUUCCUGCAGUUUAUUCCUGCCAACACAGGAAUGUCAGGAGCUUACAUUCCUCAAUAUGCCCACAUUCAGCCCUCUGCCAUCCCUCCUGAGCAGGAAAGUGGUGUACAGCCACAAGAUGUGUCCUCUUCAGAUCCUUCAUCGUACCCUUUCCAACCAAACAAGCAAUAAAACGGUUAACCAUCUGAGCUCAGAAACAGACACGGUCUGCUGAGUGUUAAUACCGUAACAACGUUUGCUUUCAUUUAGAGGAAGUGACAUCAGAAAGGAAGUGACGCUCAUGCACGUGUUGCAGGAAAUUUGUCCAUGAUUUAAUCAUCAACAAGAAACCUCAGAAAACUCUUGUGCAAACAUUUUCUCCAACAAAUCAAGACAAGGCAAUAUUACACCAAUUAUGGACAACGGAAGGGAGCAGAGUUUUAUUUUGCCAGAAAGAGGAAGGAGAUGACAAAUGCUUAUUUUUUACCAAGAACUAUUAACACAGACCAUGUCUGUGAGUAAAAUUGAGUGAUGAUGAUGAUGGUGAUGACACCUUUCGAUGCAUGAUGUUUUUUUAAGUAUGCUUUUUAUUACGUUUUUAUGGACUUUCUCAAACAGACAAAAGAAA